UUGCAUUCAGUUUGGAUCCUGGGCUGGCGAUACAGAAUUAUUGAUUGCGAUGUGCUUGGGGGCGGAGCCACAGUAAUAUUGAUAUGAUUGGGUCAUAUUACAGCCACAAUAUAUUUUCUAAAUUACCGGCUAUGGUGGGGGGAUCGUAUGCCGUUGGGUUGCUUUAUCAACAGCAUACAUGUCAUAAAACUGGUGCCCUGUCCGGGGGUAGGGAACGCGAGCCUGAAACGUAUUGCGGUCAAUCCUCAAUUCCCACAGACCAUGACAAACCUUGCAGAGAAAGGGGAGCGAAGAUAGAGUUUCGUAUAUAGAGCAGCUCGUGACUUUUUACGAGGACUAAGAAGAGUCCCCACACGAAGCCCACAGCGGUGCGUGUAUAUGCGACAUUACUGGGGAAAUAACGGUGUUUAUCCACUUUGGCACAACUCAGGUUG